GGCUGAACACACCCUGAGGGAGUAGCGGAGCUGGGUGUUGGCAGUGUGGGCUGUGGAUCAGAACAAGAACCCUCAGCAGCAGAUAUAAUGGCUACAGCCAGCACCUCAGGGCAGAGCAGCCACGGCAAGAAGAAGAAGAGUCCCGGUCUGAUGGAUCAGCUUAGCAAAUUCUUUGGAGGAGAGAAGAAGAAGAGGAGCAAGGGUUCCUUCAGGGGUCACCAGGCUACCUCACCCCAGCAACCCUCCGCUCGCCGCCGGACCAAUGAAAACGCGGUGGUGCAUUUCUUCAGGAGCCUUGUUUCCUCCCCUCCUCCUAAAUCCACGUGGAGAGAAGUCUUGGGUCUGGCCUCUGCGUCGCGCACUGAGAGCACGAAGUCGCCGGUCAGGAGACGCAGGGAACAGAGCACGCUGUCCAGGAUCUUCAACCUGUGACGUUCUCCUCUGAGAUCAGGAGAAACCAAGUCCCGUCCACCCCCAAAACGCUGGAGCACCAUCUUCUAAGCUCUCCGUCGACCAGCAAAGCUUAGAACCGACGGGACCAGAAGAACCACAAGAACAAGGAGAGACGGAUCUGCAGGAGCCAGACUCACAACCUCAAGAAAUGUUAACCAACUAACAUGAGCCUCCCGUGUCUUGGACACAAAUUUAUGUAAAAUCUGGAGAAAAUUGAAUUUUUUUUGUUUAUUCUUGCUUCUAAAGAACGUUUGAGCUGUUUCUGAGCGUGACGCGUGUCCUAGUGUAGAGAUCGUCAGUGUCUGAGGUUUGCUGUUCUGUCCGCUGUCUGUCUGUCUGUCUGGGCUUCCUGCUUGAGUGAUGCGUCCCGGCUCUUCUGCUUCAGUUUGUCCCAGAAUCGUCUGUUUAAAUAUAAACGUGGAGGCCUGUUCUCAUAGGAUUCAAUGCAGCUUCAUGUUUCAUUAUCACCACAAGGUGUAAGACCCAAACAUGACGUUGCCCUUUCCACUGCACUGUAACCUACCUGUUAGCAGUCCCUAAAACUUAGAGCUGUUCACAUCCACCCUGUCUAAUGUAUGCGCAUCCUAAUUUAAGUUUUAAUGGUUUGUUUUUAAUAAGACGACGGCAGAUGUGGGUUGUCUUAGCUGAGGGUUAAACCGUAAGUGGAUCAGAGGUUUUAGGGUGAAACCGAGAGGCGGAGGGAGGAGAACAGAACUGUAGGACAGCAUGUUGGGUUCAGGUGUUCUGCUGAAUAAUUUAUAAUUUGUUUUCAUCUGUUUGGAUGUUCUAAUAGAAAAAAAUACACUGUAAAUAUCUAUUUUUCCUGGUUUUGCUGAAACACGUAGAAAAUGUGUUCAUGUUUAUGUUGAAACUGUUGUUUUAAACCCGCAUCUUAACAUGAUCUCGUUCAGUCUUGUCUUAAUAAAGAGUCGGUCAAUGUGGCUUCAGACCAACCAACAUGUCUCUUCCUGUCCAAGAUGCUCACUGCUUGUCAAUAAUCCUUCAACCAUGCAGUCAUGUAGAAAUAAACAGAGUAAAAUGCCGUUAUGUCACAAAGAAAUACGAAGGAGAGGCAGGAAGUAACAACCUGCAGAUAGAAACCAGGAAACUGACAAACGGACCAAGAAACAAAAUCACUGAACGAAAAGGAAAGUGCCAAAUAAAUCCCAACAUGACUAAAACCCACAAACCAGACAUGUUGGUGUUCUGGUUGCAGAGGGACCCAAACAGUUAUAGAAACUGUGUGUGUGUGUGUGUGUGUGUGUGUGUGUGUGUGUGUGUGUGUGUGUGUGUUGGUUUAUGGCACAUGUUUAGGCCCACCUCUUGUGUCAACCUUCUGAGGACCGUUAUGCCUACGGGGACCGAAGCCUACUGUAGCGGACCCUUAGUAGGGAUAACAGUUGUUUAGACGCAUGGUGUGAAUUAAGUUUGGGUCAAGGUUAGGGUUAGGACGCUACAGAUUAUAAUCUGCCUCCCAAAUCAGAUUGACAGUACCUUUUCAAAUUGACAACCUUUAAGUAGGUAUCAAACAUACUUUUCAUUAAACCCGCAUUUCUGUAUUAAAAAAAUGGUCUGAUGUGAUAUUCUAAUCUUGAAUGCCGUGUAUUCAUCAGCUGUAAAUAGAAAACAAUCCUGAAUUUCCCCAGUCAUGAACAAUAAAGGAUAUUUCUAUUCUAUCCUUUAAUUAACUAAAAUAAAGACUUGAAAACAUCA